AUGGCUUUGAGUCCCUUCUCAGAGGUGGAUUUGUCUUGUCCUGUGUGCUCUGAAAUCUUCAAGGAUCCUGUUAUUCUGACAUGUAGUCACAGCAUCUGUAAAGGCUGCCUGAAGACAUUCUGGGAAACUAAAGGAUCAAGGGAAUGCCCAGUCUGCAGAAGAAGAUCUUCGAAAGCUGAGCCUCCGUAUAACCUUCAUCUGAGGAACCUGUGUGAGAGUUUUGUAAAAGAUGGCAGACAGAAAGAACUACUCUGCAGUUUACAUCUUUCGGAACUCAAGCUAUACUGUGAAAAUGACAAACAGCUUGUGUGUCUGGUGUGUCGAGAUGCAAAACUCCACAAAAACCACAACUUCAGUCCCAUUUGUGAAGCAGCACAGGAGGCAAAGGAGACACUGAAGACCACUCUGAAGCCCUUACAGGACAAACUGAAGAGAUUUACUGACGUGAAAGUCACCUGUGAUAAGACUACAGAACACAUAAAGCUCCAGACCCAACAGACAGAGAAGCAGAUCAAGCAGGAGUUUGAGGAGCUUCACCAGUUUCUACGAGAUGAAGAGGCAGCUAGAAUAGCUGCACUGAGGGAGGAAGAGGAGCAGAAGAGUCAGAUGAUGAAGGAGAAGAUUGAGGAGAUGAGCAGAGAGAUAUCAUCUCUUUCAGACACAAUCAGAUCCAUAGAGGAGGAGAUGGAAGCUGAUGAUGUCACAUUUCUACAGAACUACAAUGCCACUGUGAACAGAGCCCCGUGCACACUGCAGGAUCCACAGAGGCUUCCAGGAGCUCUGAUCAAUGUGGCAAAGCACCUGGGCAACCUGAAGUUCAGAGUCUGGGAGAAGAUGAAUGAAUGGGUGCAACAUUCUCCUGUCAUUCUGGAUCCCAACACUGCAUACACAUGGCUCACCCUGUCUGAGGAACUGACCAGCGUGAGAUGUGGUGAUGAGAUACAGCAGCUUCCUGAUAACCCAGAGAGAUUUGAUGAGUAUGCCUGUGUACUGGGCUCUGAGGGCUUUAACUCAGGAACACACUGCUGGGAUGUGGAGGUUAAUAACAGUGGUGACUGGUGUCUGGUGGUGCUGACAGAGAGUGCCAGUAGGAGUGGAGCGGAUUCCUUCUGGUCAGGAUUCUGGCACAUCAGAUAUUGGUGUGGUAAAUAUGACGCUUGGUGUCCAGACACAUCAGACCUCAUUCCCCUCACAGUGAAGCAGAAGCCCCAGAGGAUCAGAGUGCAGCUGGACUGGGAUAGAGGAAAGCUGACAUUCACUGACCCUGAUAAUAACACACACAUACACACUUUCACACACACUUUCACUGAGAGGAUGUUUCCAUGCUUUUAUGCUUAUGAGUGUUCUCUGAAGAUUGUGCCAGUGAAGCCUGCAGUGAUGGUGGAGCAGCUCAGUUAGACAUCAGACACAGUGCAGAUCCUGCAGUAGGAACAAACUGAACACUCAACAAA